GGCCGCUGACCGUGUGUUGUCGUUGCAGGACCCGCCCACAGCCAGUUACCAUGGUGGACUACUAUGAGGUUCUGGGCGUGCAGAGACAGGCCUCGCCCGAGGACAUCAAGAAGGCGUAUCGGAAGCUGGCGCUGAAGUGGCACCCAGAUAAAAACCCCGAGAACAAAGAAGAAGCGGAGAGAAAGUUCAAGCAAGUAGCGGAGGCUUACGAGGUGCUGUCAGACGGUGAGUCGCCGGCGGCCGCUGUCCUGCUUCAGCGGCGGGCGGGCGGGCGGAUCGGGCUCAGCGCCCCGAAGGGGCCGCCGGACCUCGGAACCCCACGAGCCCGCAGCGGCCUGCAGGCUCCGCCCGGCCAGGCCCCUUGGCGGGGACACCUUCCUGAGGAGCUGGAGCGCCGGCCGCCCCUGGCCCGGAAGCAGCGCCAAGUGACCCUCGAGGUCAGCGCUGGCGCCGUGAAGCCCAGACACGAGGCCCGGGUGUGGCCCCGGGGUCCGGUGGACGUUGAGGUGUUCUGGACCCUGGAGCGCGCGCCGCCCGCAGGCUUCACCCCCUUCGGCUCCCUGGGUCACGGGGGCCUCACGGCCUUCUCGUCCACGUCCUUCGGCGGCAGCGGGAUGGGCUCCUUCAAGUCUAUCUCGACGUCCACCAAGAUCGUGAACGGCCGGAAGAUCACCACGAAGAGGAUCGUGGAGAACGGUCAGGAGCGCGUGGAGGUGGAGGAAGACGGCCAGCUCAAGUCCCUGACGAUAAAUGGUAAGGAGCAGCUGCUUCGCUUGGAUAGCAAGUAGCCCGCGCACAGGCGGCCGCAGCGCCGCCCGCCCGCUCGGGAGACCGGAGCCGGAGGACUGGACGCCCGCGCCGGCCCGCGGCCAGGGCGGCUCGCGCCCGCACAGACUCUGAGCUCGCUGUCGGGACCACACGAUAGGACCAUUUUUUUUUGUCUCUGAAAUUGUUGUAAAUCUCUGUAUGCACUUUGCUUUUUUAUUAAACGUGAUCCAAAGUGGCCGUGACUCUUGCGUACGCUGACCCCGGCACGGGCCUGCUUCCCGCGUGGCGGGCGGGCGGCGCCCCGUGCGGAGACGGUGCCACGCUCACGGCGACACGUGUCUGGCCACUCUGCACCGAGGACGUUUCUAGUUGUGCAUGGACGCUGGCUACUGCGUUUUGACGAUUGUUUAACGAUGUGAUGUCAAGCUUAGGUGUACACGACUGGUCGUUUGCUUACAAAAAUAAACGCGAAUGUGUUUGCUGCAUUCUUUCCUGAGGGCCUGGGCUCGGCGCCUGUGACUCUGGCCCGGCCCCGGCGGCCGCAGCAGGAGCCCAGCCCACCUGGCUCCGAGGUCAGGUGGCGGGUUGGACCCGGGACCCUUGCGGGCCGGCGGGGGCAGAGCUCUGCUGGGAACGAGCAGUGGGGGGCAGUGAGGACUGCUCCCCGGGGCGGCCUGCACCUGCUUCCCAGGGGCUGACCUCUGUGACCUCGGAGCAGCAGCGCCGUGGGGAAGGGGCCGCCUACCC